GUUUUAUUGUUUGUUUGAAAAAACCAAAGCUCCAAAAUGUCUUGUCUUCUCAUUCUCGUCUCCAUUGCCUUAGCAAUAACAUUCAGUAAUCAUUCUUCAGAGGCAGCAAAUCUACCUCUAACGAUCACUGACAUUGUCCUAUGCAACAACAAUAACAUCUUAAGAUCAGGAUCAUCUGGCAAGCUUGAAUGCAGAUUCAGACGAUCAAAACUGAUCUUAGGGCAGGAGACAAAAGGUCAUCACGGGGAAUCCCACGUUUUAUGUCUUGAACACAAAAGGUGUUCAAGAAACGAGAAAAAUCAGAUAUUAUUCGCUCUAAAGAAGCAUCCGGGGAGAAAGUCUAAACGGAUUCUGAAACAAAUAAGAAAAGCAAAACAUGUUCAGUUUCAAUACAAGAAGCAAAAUAUAAGAGACAAGAAGUUUUUUUCCCCACAUCCAUGGUUUCUUCCCCCAAACCCGUUUGCACCACCACGUUCGAUUUUCCCACCAAACCCUUUUGCACCACCCCCUUCGAUUUUCCCACCUAACCCGUUUAAGCCACCGUCUCCUUCGAUUUUCCUUCCAAAUCCGUUUCAUCGACCGCCUCCUCCGAGAUUUCCUCCAUUAUUUCCUCAGCCUCCUCAUGCUCCUCCUCCGUCGAUAUUCCCUCCAAUAUUUCAUCAGCCACCACCUUCUCCUCCUCCAUCGUUUUUUCCUCCAAACCCAUUUCAGCCUCGGCCUCCCCCCACUCCUCAUCCAUCGUUAUUCCCUCCAAUGUUUCCUCCGCCACCUACUGCUCCAGCUCCUCCUCCCUCGUUCUUCCCUCCAAACCCAUUUCAGCCUCAUCCUCCUCAUCCUCCUGCAGCUCCUCCUCCAUCAUUAUUCCCUCCAAUAUUUUCUCCGCCUCCAGCUGUUCCACCUCCUCCACGAUCAAUGUUUCCUCCAAAUCCAUUUAAGCCACGUCCUCCUCUGUCUUCUCCCGCUCCUCCUCCACCAUUUUUCCCUCCAGUGAUUCCUCAUCCUCCUCCAGUUUCCCCUCCUCCUCGAUCAUUUUUCCCUCCAAAUCCAUUUCAGCCUCGUCCUCCUCAGCUUCCUCCAGCUCCUCCUCCAUCGUUUUUCCCUCCUAUAUUUCCUCCACCUCCUACUGUACCAGUUCCAUCUCCUCCAUCGUUUUUUCCACCAAACCCAUUUAAGCCUCGUCCUCCUCCUCUUCCCAGUACUCCUCCACCUCGCUCUUUAUUUCCUCCACUGCCGCCAAUCUUUCCAGGUCUGCAUCCUCCUCCACCACCACCACCACCUCCUCCUCCAUCCUCUCACUUUAUUUUUCCAAUUCCGCCAUUCCCAUUUUUUCCACCACCUCGUAACCCUGGCCCUCCUCCUACUCCAACUUUUUCAGCAAACAAACAACAUACUUAAGCAGACAAGAGUAUUAAUUAUAUACUAGGUAAUAAUCCAUGAUUUGGUUUCAUUAUUUUUUAAUAAGGAGACAUAAAAUCUGUUUAAUCUGGAUAUAGUUUUGA